AUGACGUCGACAAACUCAAAAGAAAGAUUAACAAGCAAGACCUCAAGUUGUGUGAUACAACCCACGAUAUUGGAAUACAAUGGAUCUAUCUUUGAAUAUUCAGCUUAUAAACCCCCUAUGAGAUUUUUAAGAGAUUUUGAUUCAAUAUUCCCACAGUUAAGCUCACGUCAAAAGGCACAGCUACUUGUUGUCCCGGUGAUACAGAAAUGUGAGCAUGACAUGGUUGGUUUAUCAAAGGAAGUCAAUGACGAAAGAGAUAUAAAACUUGAAUUAUUUAUUAGUUGGGGCCGUCGUGUAGUUGAUAGAAUAAAAUCUGUGGGUAUGUGGGCAGAUAUGAUGGACCCUGCUUCCGGAUUUCCUGUAUUUAGUCAUCCUGGAUCAAGUCCUUAUCCUGAUGUACAAGGAACAAUUAUGCUUGACUCAAGAUUUGAUAUACAAAAUGUUGGAUGUUGUCAUAUAUUAUUACAUCCAAGCUGGGGCAGUCACAUAUAUCCAUCUACUUUAUUUACAACAGCACCUGCAGAUGUAUUAGAAAAGAUAUUGCUUGGUUUAUAA